AUGCUUGAAUCUCGAAUCAAUGUUCUAAGUUUACCGUUUAUUUUAGAUGGUGGCCUUACGGAAGAAGAGAUUCGCCGUAUCCAGGGCAUGCGGGCCCGGGUACCAUUUGCAGUAGUUGGCUCUAAUACUGUAAUAACAUCUGCAUCGGGGAAAAAAAUACGAGCGCGAUCAUAUCCUUGGGGUGUUGUCGAAGUAGAUAACUUGGAGCAUAAUGAUUUUUCAGCCUUACGGCAUCUACUUUUAACUGUACAUAUGCAGGAUUUGCUUGAAACCACUCAUCUCAAACAUUAUGAGGCCUACAGGUUCAAUAAACUCUCUGGGAUUGCUCAAAUGAGCCACUUCGUAACCCGUGACGGCAAAGAUCCAAUGCUCUUGAUGGAAGCCGAAAAGCGUGAACAUGAAUCAAAAAUGCUUAAGAUGGAAAAAGAGAUGGAAGCUGUAUUCGAAAAAAAGGUUAAUAAAUAG